GAGAUCCGUCUUUGCGCAGGGAGGGAGAUCCAUGGGGUCUCGCAAUUUCUCUUCACCGCCUGGUAAAGUUUUGUCGGGAGCCGGAGGGAGAGAUUUGGCCAUCUUUGUGUGGACGAGUUUGGUUCGGAAUUGUACUACUAUGGGUCUUGUCUCAUCUACGUUGUUCGGAUAUGCCUGUUUCAUCGGCUCGGGAGUGGUGGAGGCAAGAAAAAAGUCGAACGCAGUUAAGGAACAAUUGAGACUCCGGAGGAUACGUCAUGAGGAACUGAUAGCCAAGGCGAAGCGUGAUCUGCGGCUGGAUUAAUGAAUUCAGGAGAAAAAGUUUGUGUUUAGUUAUUGCUUGUGUUGUGAUGUUGCAUUGCUUUUGUCAUCUGUUUCUCUAUAAGAGAGGGAUCCCUCGAAAUAUUAUUUAUGGAACGUUUGUGUUUAGUUCUUGU